AUGAAGCCACCGGUCUACCCCACGCGGUCUCCUGCUUCCAGCGCCUCCAGCUUUUUCCCCGCCGAAUGGUCGCAGCACGUGUUGCAGAAGAGAUACCGGGACCCCAUGAGGCUCAAGCAGACACUGGACGACAUGUACGGCCCAGGGCAAUACAAGGUGAUGGAGAAGGGAGGGAGAUGGAUCUUGGGUCUUCCUAAGCCCAUGAGUGAGAGCGAUCUCGAAGAGCUGGACAAGCGGACAUACCAUCAUUACUGA